AUGAGCAAACGGAAGGCGCCGCAGGAGACUCUCAAUGGGGGCAUCACCGACAUGCUCACAGAACUCGCAAACUUUGAGAAGAACGUGAACCAGGCUAUCCACAAAUACAAUGCCUACAGAAAAGCAGCAUCUGUGAUAGCAAAGUACCCACACAAAAUAAAGAGUGGAGCGGAAGCAAAGAAACUGCCUGGAGUAGGAACAAAAAUUGCUGAAAAAAUUGAUGAGUUUUUAGCUACUGGAAAAUUGCGUAAACUGGAAAAGAUUCGGCAGGAUGAUACGAGUUCAUCCAUCAAUUUCCUGACUCGAGUUAGUGGCAUUGGUCCAUCUGCUGCAAGGAAGUUUGUAGAUGAAGGAAUUAAAACAUUAGAAGAUCUCAGAAAAAAUGAAGAUAAAUUGAACCAUCAUCAACGAAUUGGGCUAAAAUAUUUUGAGGACUUUGAGAAAAGAAUUCCGCGUGAAGAAAUGUUACAAAUGCAAGAUAUUGUACUAAGUGAAGUUAAAAAGGUGGAUUCUGAAUACAUUGCUACAGUCUGCGGCAGUUUCAGAAGAGGUGCAGAAUCCAGUGGUGACAUGGAUGUCCUUCUCACCCAUCCAAGCUUUACUUCUGAGUCAGCCAAACAGCCCAAACUGUUGCAUCGUGUUGUGGAGCAGUUACAAAAGGUCUGUUUUAUUACAGACACUCUGUCAAAGGGUGAAACAAAGUUCAUGGGUGUUUGCCAGCUUCCCAGUAAACACAAUGAAAAGGAAUAUCCACACAGGAGAAUUGAUAUCAGGUUGAUACCCAAGGACCAGUAUUACUGCGGUGUCCUCUAUUUCACUGGGAGUGAUAUUUUCAAUAAGAAUAUGAGAGCUCAUGCCCUAGAAAAAGGCUUCACAAUCAAUGAAUACACAAUUCGUCCCUUGGGCGUCACUGGCGUUGCUGGGGAGCCCCUGCCCGUGGACAGUGAGAAGGACAUCUUCGACUACAUCCAGUGGAAAUACCGUGAGCCCAAGGACCGAAGCGAGUGA